AAUCUCUGGUAGACGUCACGCUGUCGUGCGAGGGUCAGAGCCUCAAGGCACACAAACUGGUCCUCUCGGCCUGCUCGCCCUACUUCAAAACACUCUUUCAAGACCACUCAGAGGCACAUCCUAUUGUGAUAUUGAAGGAUGUGAAGUUUGCCGAACUGAGGAGCAUCAUACAAUUUAUGUACAAAGGUGAAGUGGAAGUUGACCAGUCGGAGAUCGAGUCGCUCAUCGGCACCGCCGAGGGACUCAUGAUCCGAGGUCUGGCCGGCUCCCGGUCCACAGUGAGUGGCCUGCAGCUGCGACCACCGACCGGUCACGACCUGACACCGCGCUCAGAGCCCUCCUCCGACCAGGAACGCAAACGGCCGCGCUCCGAGCACGACUCGGGCGGCGGCGGCGGGGAGCCGGCGCCCUCGCUGCCGCCCUCCGGGCCGCCCACCACCACCUCCAGUAACGGCGAUGACGGCUCUGUGAUAAAGCGGCCCAAGAUCGAAGACCCCGGCUCCGGCUCCGGCGAGGAGAAUAACUCCGUGGACGGCAUGGAAUCGGUAAGUACCGACAGACGCCGCGACUUGUCCACCUCUACCUGCUGCAGUACUGGUAUUCAGAACUGGAACGCAGAUAGAGGUGGAACGGCAAGAAUGACGCGAGCGCCGCGCUAUUGCAGUGAUUUUUUUUUGUGCGCACUAAUAUUAACGUACACGGUGCGGGGACAUAUUGACAAUGACACGCACAACACAUGCCUCUAUUUUUCUACAGACGUCGCAUUACACACGAAACAACGCAAUCCGCAUAAAACGCCUACGGCCUUGAUUGCCCAACACUAACAUGACAGUUGUGUCGUAUUGACAGCUCGCAUAUACUCGUAUAUGUCUCAUCGUAAACUCAUACCUACGAGCUUACUUACGGGAA